CAACCCCCUGAUGCUCCUGCUGGAGGAGGAGGGGCAGCUGAGCUGUGAUGGGAAAGAGGAGAGGUCAACGUCAAGCUCAUGUAGACGGUGAGGUCCAUCAGAUCAGGAACAGCUGUAAUGUAGUUUCAAGGAGUGAAAAAGGCAGUGAAGGAGUAUUGGAGCCCAGCAUCAGAAAAUAAAAUGAGUGGAAAUCCUCUUUGAACGAAAACAUUUGAUUGCUACAGAUGCACCAUCAAGAUGAAAAAAAACUCAUCUUAGAGCUCUACAGAAGAACCAGAGAUAAUCCUCAGUCACGUUCAGCAUGGACCAGAGAAAAAAGAGAUAUCAGAGACUGUUGAAGAUGGACAGACACAUCUGCUGCUGGCUGACUGGCGACCUGUCAACAGGUAAUCCACCAUCCAAACCCAAUAAAAAGACCAUUAAGCAGUGGUUCCUCAAACUGCUGCCCUGCUGUUGCUCUGGCUCCAACCCUUUAAUUAAUCAAACAAGUGAGGUUGAUGAGGGUGAACACUCAACAGUGCGUUACAGACCGGAGGGGCUCGACCGUCUCGUGGAACAAACCAACUUCAGCAAGAAAGAGCUGCAGAUCCUCUACCGGGGAUUCAAAAAUGAGUGCCCCACUGGUGGUGUGAAUUAGGAGACUUUUAAAGGCAUCUACUCCCAGUUCUUCCCUCAGGGAGAUUCAAAUAUGUACGCACAUUUCCUGUUUGAAGCCUUAGACAGGUACAACAAUGGAGUGGUCAGCUUUGAG